AUGACCUACUUGAAGGCCUCCGAAAACGACUGGGACGUUGCCCACCGCGAACUCCACCUUGACGACGUUUACCGAGAGCUUCUAGCCAAGACUACAGCCGAAUCGCCCAAGGAUUUUGCGUGGACUUUCUCCAGCGUACCUGGUUUCUUUAAACAGGCCACCGACCCUAAUAUCGACGAUGCCUGCUUUGAUUACACCCAAGACUUUGGCCGUUUGAAACCAUGGCAACAGAUCGUUGACGAAUUGAAUCAAUUGAAUCAACAGGACGAAAACGUCAAAUACAAGCUUGUGUUCUUUGCUCGUCACGGCCAGGGACCGCAUAACAUCAUUGUCGACACUUAUGGGUUACAGGCAUGGCUCGACAAGUACCGGUACAUGGGCGAGGACCCGGAAACGGGGUUGGUGUACGCUCCCGACCCCCCGUUAUCGUCGUUGGGGGAGCUUCAGGCAGCAGAGAAUAACCAGGCGUGGCGGCGUCAGUUGGCGGCAGGAGCACCCGUACCGACCAAAUUCUACGUCAGCCCCCUCCAGAGAAGUUGUCAGACGCUAGACAUUACCUGGAAAGACAUUGAUAUCCCUCACAAGCCGGUGGUGUGUGAAUACCUUCGUGAGACGAUUGGCAUCAAUUUAUGCGAUAGACGGCUGCACCGCAACGUUAUCGAAGAGAGGUUCCCCCACUACUGUACUCUGAGACUUCACCACGACGACGACGAGUUGUUUGGCGACGAAGUUCGUGAACUGUUUGCUGAACAAAGUAUACGAUGCAACCGGUUUUUGCAACACUUAUUCGACGAAGACGAUGUUGUAGUGAGUACCACCUCUCACGGAGGCACGAUUAGAGGGUUUAUCACUGUGUUAGGCCAUCCUAAGUUUUGCAUUUCUACUGGGGGGAUGAUUCCGAUAGUGAUUAAAGGCGAACGCCAAUAA